AGCUCUGGCAAUUAUCGGAGGUGUGUUGCUUGCAGUAGGCAUCGUCCUUCUACUUGUUUGCAUAAUUCUAUGCGCGCAUGCGUGGUGCAUUUGGCAUGUGAGAGACGUAGAAACACAGACAAUUGAAACGACGGUUAUGACAGGAGAUCAGGUAGACGGAGACUGGUUUUCUUCUUAUGGUACAUCAGAUAAGAGAGUACCGAAUGGCGUUCUUAGAGACGGUAGACAGUCUAGCACCCUUAACAAGAAACACGUGACAAUAUCUCCAACUUCAAAUGAAAGUUUUACCAGCGGUUAUAUGUCUGGUAGACAAGGAGAUUCUUUAAGAUCUAAUGAAUAUUCAAGUUCUAAAGGAGGCAUGACUCCUGCGUCAGUAAAAUCCGGUCCCAGUUCAGUGUCGUCUGACAUGUCAACAUUAGCGUCAUUUGCAUAUUUAAGUGACCCCUCCGUGGCCACGCCUUAUAGCUCAUUAAAUCAAAGACGUCAAGUGCAAGGUGGGGGCAACGUAGUUCAAGUGCCAAUUCAUGUUCAAAGUGGAUACGGGUCAGUCCAAAGGGGUUCUGAAGGAGGGAGAAUGGCUCAAGUUCGCCCAUACCAGUCAGAACAAGGGCAUAGUCUUAGAUCAAAUGUCUUGCCCGCGAGGCGGCACUCAGACGAUGAUUAUGAUAAUACUGGUGAGAUGGUUUCAAUGUUGCCACAACAGACAUAUCAGCCAAACACGCAACAGCAGUGGCAGCAGUCAUGGCAACAGCAGCAGCCACAACAACAGCAACAACAAAAUUUAUACAACCAGCAAUGGCAACAUACGCAACCUCCGCCCCAACAAACAGUGUGGCAAUACAAAAAUACUGGCAAUCAAUCAAAUUGGCGCCAGACUAACCCCGCCUUUGAUGACCUUCCUCCCCCACAGCCAUUGACCCAGCCUUCACAAAGGCGGCCAAUGACAUUUGAGCAAAUCUCAUCAUCGAAAGUGAGUUUAUAUGACAAUAUGCAAAUGGCCAGACGGGACGAUGAGGAAUAGAUUUGAUACUAAAUUUUAAUAGAAUUUAUGCAAAGUUGGCUCGUUGCUUGACAACCCUUAAAGUGUGUUUGCGAUUGUAAAAUGUUAGUUGAACCGUUGUAGAAUAUGUAACACUAUUAAGUGAUAUCAAACGAAGAAAGUUAACUAUUUAUUUAGUCUUACACAAAGGAUCAUUUGUGAAUUAUUCAAAAAGUUCAUUGACAUCUUCUGAAAAGGGGACAGAUAAAGUUGCGAUGAUUUGUUGAAUAGUGUAUAAGUCUUAAAAGAGGCUGAAAGUUUAUGCAACAGAAGUCGUAUAUUAUUUGUAUUAACCGAUGCUGAUAUUUAUGAAUGGUGCUAUAAUUCCUGUAUUGUAUUGUGUUCAGUCAACUUAAAAUCUUUGUGUGUGUUUUUGUCAGUGGUUUGGCCUCGCAAAGGUCAAUGGCUUUGAACACGUGGAAGCAGCUAUUGAUCUUUGUAAGAUUUGCUGAAAGCUCACCAAUGUAUAAUACUAUAAGCGACACCCUAGUGGAAAAAACGAGAUAUUCUGAUAUUUUUUUUUCAUGGAUUAAAUUUUAUCAAUGUAUAAUUGAAACUCAAGGCAAAAAUAAAAUUAAAUCCAAAAUUUUAGUCUUCAAAAAACUUGAUGGCUUAUAGUUAAACAAUGAGUCAAAUCAGUAUGUUUGUUUGUUCUGAUACUAGUAACACAAUUAUCAAUAUAUUUUAUAUUGUCUAAGAUUAUAUUCGCUGUUUUAAUCAGUUUAUCAAACAUAUUUCUCAGAGGACUCAUAAAAUGCUAUGUUCUUUUGUGAAUGACCUUAAGACGGUCAAUUAGAAAUAGCAUCAGAAAAUGUUCUUUGAAAGUUUUGAACAGAAAAGGAGAAACUAAUGUUUUCUUGACAUUCUUUUUGGGAUGUAAAAAAAUGUAAUCUGAAAAUUGAAAGUCAAAGCUUAAGUUAUUCGGUUUGUGGAAUUCCAAACUUCCUUAUCAAAUCAAUUUGUAUCCUACAGUGUGUUUCACUUUUAAACAAUUUAAACAUGUUUCUGAUAAAUCUGUGCUUCGUUCAUUACUGGGGUACUAAAAUGAAUCUAAAGCUUAGGCAUUUUAAAGGAAAACAAAUUUGAAUAUAUUUGUUCUUGUUAGAAAUAUAAUUUGUGUAUCUUUUUUUUAAUUUUUGCCUCGUAGAAAGAUAUUUUUAAAUCAAAUUCUCUAAAAUGAAAAAGACCUAUAUUUCAAAAGCACAAUGUUUUGAUUUUAACUCGAUUUUAGAAUUGAUUUGCCGUUUCAGUCUGAUUUAAAAACAAAAUUUCAUUUCAUUUCCCCUCCAGCGUUACAUGCCAUUUCAACUAGAUAGUAAUGAUUGGUAAAUUAAAAUUCUCCAAGCAGCAAUAGAGUUGUAUAAUAUAUGCCCAAUAUCUUUGAAACAUUCUGAAUAUUUAUCACAUCAGUCAUUGAUCAGAAUUUUGGAAUGAGUCAAAGGGACUUUUGAACUAAAGCUUUUAUGAUUACAUAGACGAAAGACUUAGAUAAGUCAUUCUUUAAAUUGUAAACCCGGAUUGAAACAAGGUGAAAAUCUAUCUGUAUGUUUUACUGAAUUUUGAUUUUAUGGAUCUGUUUAUUGAUAUUGAUCUGAUGUCAUUAUAUAGCUACGAAAUAUUAGAGAAAAAUGACUGGAGCAUGUUUUAUGAUAUUAUAUUAAAUGUUAUGUUGUU